UUCUUUGUUUCGGAGUUGUUUCUCUUGGGAUUCGACUGUUUCAUCUCACCAAUGGCGCAUGGCCUUGAUCGCUCGCGCUUGCGCGAGGCCCAAGGAGAUCUUUGGACAGCUGGUCUCUGACCAUGUGCCACAGGAGUUCACAUUUCUUGGGCCCACUGCAGAGGAGGUGCGGGUCUUCAACUGGAACAUCAUGGGUCGGGCCCUUUGCAGGACCUCGGCGGGGGAGGCGGUCACCAACAAUGGCCUGGACCUCGAUGAAAGCGUGGAAGACUACAUCAGGAGACUUCAGGAGAAGGUCGCCCCACGGCUGAGCGCGUGGAUUCGGACUGGGUCGGUCCGAUGGGUGGCUUGCCUUCAAGAGGCGCCCAACCAUCGGCACCUGCGCAGAGACUUCCUGCAAGAGGUGCAAGCAGGAGUGCCUGACACCGUCCAGCUGCAGUCGGCGGAUCUCGCCGCGACGGCCUUUACCUGCACGAUGACGUUGUGGGAUGCAGCUACCUGGGAGCUCCAACACUGCGCCCAUGGCGGUGCUGAGGUGCUUUGCACGGUGCUGGCGGAGGAGCGUGAGGAUCCAAGGCGACGGAGCUUGCGUGUUCUCAACUGUCACUUCCCCUUGGAAACGGACCAGACGGCUGCUAUCGCACACGUCGGGGAGCUCCUGUCCGAGUCACCGGCUCAACAGCUGGUGCUGGUGCUGGGAGAUCUCAAGUUGGAUUUGGGCCACGAAGGUGCCAAUCAAGCGCUGAUGGAUGGCUACAGGGCCGGAACAGCCAGCGAGGAGGCGACUUUGGCCUCUGGCUUUGUGCCAGGUUCCGCGGUCUAUGACUGGACGCGAGUCACUUGCGAUGGGGCUGUGCUGGCGCCGGGCAAGGCGGCGUCGGAGCCGUGGGCGGCGGUGCCCACGGGCAGCGCCCUGAAGAGGUGGGAUCCAUUGCAGGGCCUCAGCUGUGAGGACUUCAUCUCGCAGUACAUUCACUACGCCCUGCAGGACCGAGUGCGACAUUUGCCCGAGCUCUCGGGGGAGGAGCUGGGCUGCUUGGGUGCGCACCACUUCGGGGACCAAGCAACUGAGCUUGCACGGCUUCUGGAGAAGAACCGCGCGGCCGCGCAGGCACCAGAAAUGGAGUCCUCCUGCAGUGCUACUUCACGGCCAGCAGUGAGCCUGCAGACCGCCGAGGCUCCCGCCCCCAAGUGCUCCAGCUUGCGCGCCGCGAUCGCCGCAAGCCAGCAGAAUGAGGAGGAGCUUCCAGUGAACCGGCGCUUCUCCCCAGAGGGGCGGCAGGCCUUCAUCCAGAAACAUGUCCAUCGAAAGCUGCAGAGCAGCGUCGCAGACCUCGACGACGAGGCCUUGUGGCUCUUGGGGCAGCUGCACUUCAGUGAUCAGCCCACGGAGCUUCCACGGUUUCUGAUGCCCAGACCCACAGGGAGUGAGGCGACGCGGCCGGGGGGCACGGGCUUCUCCGGCUUCUCCAACGAUUGGCAAGCAGACCUACAUUCAAAGCCGCGGAGGUUCUUUGCGGCCGACUGGUCCAGUUGGAAAGCAAGGUUACCAGGAAGCGGAAGUUCCGCUGCGGACGGAUCGCGCUCGCCACGUGGAAGGACGCCGCCCAGCGACCGACUGGUCUUCGGCCCCAAAGGCGGCUCCUUCGCCCGUUUUGUGGGAAGAGGUUCGAAGGCCGACUUCGACGCCUGUGGAGGGCCUUGCGGAGUGGUUGCAGACCCUGAACUUGGAGGAGUAUCAAGAGGCGGCCGAAGCGUGGUGCAGAGACAUGGGUGCCAUCUGGUUGACCGAGGUGCAAGAGAAUGCCGAGGAUUUGGCUGAUCAUUUGCAGUUGCGGCCCUUGGAAAGGCGAAGAAUACUUGGCCAAACAAUAAUUCAAUAUUCCAAAACUAUAUAUAUUAAAUCAAUAUAUAUAUAUAUUUUACAUAGAUAUAAUAUAACAUAAUAA